AUGCAUAAAGACCCGCCAUCAAUCUCCAUCUCCAUCUCGCCUCCGAAUCUGAUCCACCCCGGCCGCAUGCUUACCUACGCCUCUCCGCCCCGCGCGGAGAGUGAGAGCCCACUCGUCAGCUCCGCGCCAGUCAAAUUCGGCCGGUGUGCAUCGAAUUCGCCGUGGGGCAUCCCACCCGGCGAAAUCAAGAAAUCAAGAUCAGAAGCCCGUGUAGGAUGGGUGCGGGCGGGGCGGGAUUUAGCGUCGCACGUCGUGCGCUGGUGCUCUCGUUUGAGGUGCGGGUUGGGUGCGUGCGGACAGGUGGAUCUUGCGGGCCGAGGCUAA